UCGGGAUGUCGAUGACUUGUGUGGCGCGCCCUUCGGGGUUACAAAAUUUUCGUCUUCUACCGUACGAUUGAUCGCGCGGCUUGUCUAGUGAAAGUCGGGUGUGGAAGAUAACAUACUAAAGAUACUUUUAUCAUCUGAUAUCUCUCUCUUAUUUCUAUUCUUCCUCUUUUUCCCUCAUCAAUUCAACAAGUUAAACCUGGUAAAGUGGAGAAUAACUGAUAAAUAAAUGACGAUUGACCAAAAAAAAAAAGAACUCUUUGCCCUUUCUACUAUGAGAUAUCGUGAGUAUUAGUCAAUUGGGGGAUGAAUGUGCAUACUUCCGCAAGCUUAUAUUCCCUGUCACGCUCUUCCGAGUGUCACGCAGAGUGGUAUUGCACCUACAAGCAUCACAUUUGUGAUAGUAGUGGUAAUCGUGUUAGAAUACUACACUACUUUUACUACUGUACCAUUGAAUCAGGAAAAUACACAAAGGGUGGUUAGUUUAUUGUACACCGCCUUGUAUUAUAUAUUAUAAAUCUGCCGUGUGUGGAGUUUUCUUUUAUAUUUUAUCACAAACGUAUGUGUUCUUGGAAGAUUAAAGACUGAAACUCAUCUAUUUUUAUUGUCAGUUUUUAAGUUUAUAUUGGAUUAGAAUCUAUGUCUUAUUUAUCAACAUUUCGUGUUAUUUACAAAUCUCGUGAAAGAAGAUGAACGGUUUUUUCAAUGAUUUCCAACCAAAAAUAAUAGACUCGUGUCAUUUGUUUUAUAUUAUUGAGAUGGUAAACAAUGACUUUCUACACUGUUUGCAUGACUCUAAAUAAUAAAAGUGCUAAAGUACAUUUCUUUUGUGAAACAGUGAAAAUACAAGUGGUUUUAUGGAGACAGACUGCCUUAUUCUAGACUAGCAUACUGUACGAGUCGUAGAAUAUUGUGUAAACGAAGAAAAUCUUCAGAGGGUCAGAAAUAAUCCCCAUGAGAAUGCAGACAGUCUUACGCUUCUUUAUCAUAAAUUCUAGAUAUUGUGCAAUUUAUAUCUUAAGCUCUGAGUGUUUGACAAUGAAACAAAUUCGAUGCAAAACCACUUGUGUGGUCUGACUAUCGCCUUACCGAUUCUACUUGAAAGAUUUUUAUAAAUCAAUUUACCAGCAACUUGAAGACAUUGAUAGCUAUUAAUCCAGUAUUUAUUUCUGUUUUGGAAGUAAAUGAAAGAAAAAGAAAAAAAUUUAAUCAACAAAUAAAGUGAAAAGGUGAGAAUAAGGGAAGAAAGAUGUAUUUUGUAUGAAAAGAUAAUUAAAAGAUUAGAGAAGAAAAGUUUUUGUAAACUUACAGGUUGUACGAAUAUGCUUUUUUUAAAGUGUUACAAUUGCUGUAUGUCAGUACGGUAAGGAUAAAGUACAGAUACGGAAGACAAAGAACUUAAUAACUUGAGAGUUGAAAGAGAUAAGAAACAUGGGCGAAAGUUCACCUGACCUUAGCCUUAGGCUUCGUCGGGGGAGUUCUGACUCUCGAGACUUUUUUUACAUGGAUUUUGCUCAGGGUAUAGAUUCAGAUAUAGAAGAAGUAACAAGGCCCACGAAUCAUUUAGAUGAUAAUCACUUAGAAGAUAAUGGAAAUUUAGAUGAUGGUUUCCUACCUUUGGAUGAUAUUUGCACAACGAUACCGGAGGAAGCAUCAGAGGAAUUACGUCUGGAAGAGGAAGAGGCAGCUGCUCUUGAAGCUCGAAGGGAAAUUUCAAAUUCUCCAGCAAUUUCCGGAGACCUUGGGAAAUUGCAAAAACCUAAUGAUAGUUGGCCAGGACUUCCUGCAUCUUUGCCAUCACCAACAUCACCCUCAGCUGUGAUAGUAUCACCGGAAACACUUUCAAGAAAUAGUAGCAGCUCACCAUCUCGAAUUCAUAGACCAGUUGGUCAAUUUGCUUUGGCUUUACCUUGUCCAGCUCGACCAAUUCCAGCCGUCUGCUAUCCGGCCCCGACCUUCAUCGAGGUCACUGAUGAUAUCAACAGUAAACAUCUUGGGGCAUAUGCUCUGGCAACGACUCUUAGUGCACUUUACGGAAAACUACUUGUGGUGAUGGGCAUAGCAUUUCCAAUGGCUGAAGUGAUUUCUUCAUAUAUUCCACCUUCUUUUUACGAGGGAUAUUACUUAUAUCUUUAUUUUGGAAGCAUGUUUUUUCUCUUUUGUAUGUAUAUAUUGAUGGUAAUAGAGGGAAAACCUAAAAAAAAAAUUAAUGAAUCCAAAGAAAUAAGUGAUAUAGACUCUAGUGGAUCUUCUAGUGGAGCUGGGAGUGAUUCACCUGAUAACGAAUGCUCUAAAGCAGGAUUCAUUGCUGCUCAACAUUACGGAAGUUUUUACUUAAGAAUGGGUGCUGUAGCUUUCGGCAUUGGUUCAAUGAUCUAUUCAGGCCUUGAAUUUGGUCAAUAUUUUGAACUGGAGCGAAACACAAAAUGUCACAAUAUAAUGUUGGCUCUAACACCAGCAACAAGAAUGGCUUUUAUUUUCAUUCAAAUGUACUUUAUCUUUUUAAAUGAUCAACAAAUUAAAGUCUCUUCACACCGAGUUCUCGCACGCUUUGGACUUAUGCACAUGAUUGGUACUAAUCUCUCUGUAUGGUUAAGUGUACUCGUACAGGAAACAAAACAUGAAAUAUUAACAUUUUAUAAUCCUGAAAAUAACUCAUUAAGAAUUUCUCAUCGACUUGGAGGGAAAGGAAUUCACCUUGGAGGGCACACUCACAGUCAUCAUGGAGAGCACGUAAGAGUAUCAAGAGGACUUAAAGGUCCUCAUCAUAUGUUUGAAUGCAGAAGAACCAACAUCAUGGGGUCAUUAGUCCAAGAUGCCAGUCCUUUCCUUUUUCCAUGUACUAUUGAAUACAGCCUUAUUUGUGCUGCCAUUCUUUAUGUCAUGUGGAAGAAUAUAGCUAAAACAAGAUCUCAUUCACUUAUGACUUCAACUGGAGCUCGUCAUCAUGCUCACGCCUACAGAAGAUCGCCACAUCAUUACAGCGUAGACUGCGCAAGAGCCCAUAAGGGUCUUUUCGUUGGAAUUUUAAUCUUAGUGCUUACUAUUAUUUCUCUAAUUCUUUUUUUUGUUUUAACAUCUCGUCCUGAGCUUGUAAGCUUCGCUGUAACGGAAGUAAAUAUUUGUGAGCUCAUGCUCUACGGUAUGUCCACAAUGGCCACUCUGUUCGGAAUGUUUCAAAUGAAAAAAUUACGCUACGAUGGAACUAGGAAUCUAGAACUCGACAAUAUUUUAUUAGUAGCUGCCCAAACAGGAAUGUUUAUUUAUUCAACAUUUACAAUUAUUGGUGGACAUUUUACGUUAGAAAAGCACACGAUUUUAGUGCUCGUUACAGCUUUAGCAUCAGUUGUACAAACAACUUGUCAGACUAUUUUUAUUCUUGAUGCUUCACGACGAUCAGUUUCAACUCCAGAACAAAUUAGAAGAAAACCAGGACGUGAAAUUGUAACAUUUUUAUUAGUAACUAAUUUAGCAAUGUGGGCAAUUAAUACCUUAGAAAAAACACGAGCUGAAUCACAUCCAGUUCAGUUACAUUUUUACGGAUUAUGGGCUUGGACAAUUAUUACACAUGUAUCAAUGCCUUUAGCAAUAUUUUAUAGGUUUCAUAGUACUGUUUGUUUAUGUGAAGUAUGGAAAAAAGCGUACAAAGUAAAACCAACCUACAUGUGACGUCGAAAAUUAAAAGGAAUGAGGGUGAAAAAAUGUUCAAAUAACUGUAAUCAUCAUCGACAUUUUCCAAGACUUGAUGCUAUUAAUGAAAAUGACCCGACUUAUUUUAUGUGAUUCGUCUUGCGAUAAGAGUCGCCGCAUAUUUAAUUACCAAAGUUAUGACUCUCUCUCUCAGGAAGCAAUAAUUAUUAUUAUUCUAAUAUUAAUUAUUAAUCAAUUUUGCAAUUAAAAUAAUAUAUUUUGGUUAUUUUUCAGUAUUAUAUAACUCAAAUG